AUGUCUCUCAUUCAGGAUGGCCAGCGCCGCCCUCUUAGUAGAGCUAUCACGUCGGUUGGGUCAACUGUGGUUUCAGAAGGUCUCAUACCACUGAUAAACUCAAAUUCUGUUUCGUUCCAUAGAAUUGUCCAAGAUAACAUCCAAGUGAAAGAACAGCUACAGCUCAAUUAUUCAAGUCCCGUGUUGGAUGUGUUCUCAAUUGGCGAUCUUACUUUGGUUGUUACCAAGUCUCUAGUGACUCUUGUUGACACAAAGAAAUCCAGCACGACUUUCGAGUUCGAAACACCUAUAGAGACAUUUGAUUAUUGGCAUUGUUCCACCAACUAUAAAGUUAUCAGAGAUAUUCUAGAAGGCAUUACCUCACAAAGCUCAGCCGAUGUUCACCUGUUACUUUUGAGAAAUUCAAAUUCAAUUUCUCUAUUAGAUUUGGUAUCAUUGAAGGUGACACAUGAAUUGCAACUCCAAAUUAAAGAUGCGAUUAUUGUUAAGGAGUCCCAUAUAUUAGCUAGAACUUCCUCCCAAUUGUACUUGCUCAACCUUAACACUAGUUUCAAGCACUUCAUACACAUCAAUUUGAAGCCAUCCAAAAUAUUCAGCCCAACUAUUCACAUGGUCUCAGUUAAUGAUGAGCAUUUUCUCGUAAAAGUUAAUGAUCAGGUUUACAUAUUCCAUUUUGCCAAUAACAAAGUUAACUUACUCCACAAACUGAAAACAAUACCCUCUACAAAGUUGCUCGUAUGGUACACUCACUUAUUAAUACUCAAUAAUAGCACUAUUCAGUGUUACGACAUUUUUAAUGGUUCUCUGGUCCAGGAAAUAGAUGCCUCAUAUUUCAUUUCUGCAACACUUUACAAAAACACACUAAUCCUGUUCAGUAAGGAAUUUUCCCUUUCGUUUCAUUUAAAAUCUCCGGACAGCCAACUUCAGGAAGCGCUGUCACAGUUGAAUCACCACAACGAACAUUCAUUGCAAACAGCCAUAAAUCUCAUUCUCAAUUCUUCCAUAGAUGCCAGCUUCCAGUCAAAAUUUGAAUCUCUUCAGAAGUUAACCACUUGUCAAGGUCUGAUUCAGUUGGAUCAAGAUAUCCCUUCUGUAAUUUCCAAGUUUAUCGGCUUUUUUGUAUCUCCACUAAUAGUCAUUCCAACAGUAUUGUCCAAAGAUAACCCCAAGUCUUUAGAGUAUUUGAUACCCUACCUCACAGAUAUCCAUCGAAAAUUAACGUUCCUUGAAAGAACUGGCCAAUUGAAUUUGGACAGUGAUAUUGUGCUCACUACUGAUAAUUUUCUGUCUAUAGAGGACGAAGAUAUCCAAUCGUUCCUCCCACCUGAAGCUCCAACUUUUGCAAAGAAUGUCCAAGAACUGCUUACUCUCGUUGAUGAUACGCUGGUCGAUGCUUAUUUGGCGACAAACAACAUGUACCUACUGGAAUCGUUUUUAAGGCGACCGAAUCAUUGUACCAUAGAAAAAGUUGAGAAGAGACUGGCAGGGAACACUGAUACACUGGUGGAAUUCUAUUUCAACAAAGGAUCUCAUGCCAAGUCGAUAGCUCUUAUCCACAAUAAUAAGGAAAGAUUGAUACGAUAUCUCACAAAACUGGGCAACGACGAACUUUCAACUAUACUUCACUGUUUCACCGACUAUCUCUCUGACGAAGAUUUUCCAAAAGUUUUUAUGGUUGACAGCACUCAGUGUGAUUCGUAUGAUUUUUUUAGAGUUUUAGAUCUCUUAAAAUCUUCUAAGCCGCAGUUGGUAACCAAAUACCUUGAGUAUCUCAUAGGGAUGAAAAAUUUAAAACCCAAAGAUUCAGAAAAAUUGCAUACUAUUCUAAUCAGUAACUACAUUUUAGACCUAAAUGAGGAGAAUUUUGAAAAAAUCUACGAAUUUGUUGCAGCCAAUAAGUUUUACAAUCCAAGUACUAUUGUGUUGGAGAUAAAGUCACGACUUGACAAGAAACCAAGUUAUCAAUUGUUCAAGUUAGAAACACUACCCUUGGCAAAACUACAAGAACAUGAAAAAGUUGUGGAUAUACUAAUCUCCAUAAAAGAGCCAGAAGAAGCAGUAGAGUAUGUUCUUAAACUGCAUGGACAUCAAAAUCUGAUUCUCAAGCUUUUACGGAUAUUUCUGGAACAAGAUUCUCAGACGCUGCUGCUACAAUUAUUAAACUCUACUAGUGGAGAUACAUCUCUAUUUUUGGAUGUCUUGGAGCUGCUUCCUGAUGAAUUCCCAAUUCAAGAAUUGAACAGGUUCAUAUCCACUCAAUUGGUGAAUCUAACGAAUAAAGCCGAAGACACGACUUUGAAAAUGAAUUUGUUGACCAGCUUAAAGAAUAAAUCGGAGUAUACUCUUUGGCAUGAUGUUCUCACCAAACAUGUAGUUGUCUCCAGGGAAACCAAAUGUAUCGUAUGCCAUAAGAACAUAAAAUUCUCGGUGGUGAAUUACUACGUGCAGAAUAACGAUCUUAUUCAUUACGGAUGUUCUAAACAGUAUGAAAAAAAUUUAUCACUCCUGAACAGUAUUUGA